AUGGGCCUGAUGUUGAAGCCAGGGGCUUACGGCCCCUUACCAACUUUUUUUACUGACGACCAAGAAAUCGACUACGAGUCGUACAAGAAGCAUUUACUCAACCUCGCUAAAAGGGGAAUCAACCCCGUGUGCGCGGGAUCGUUGGGUGAAGCAGUACAUUUGUCACCAGAGGAACGCGUUGCUCUCAUUACCUUCAUUAGACGCACACUUGACGAUGCUGGCAUGACGGACAUGCCCAUUGUGGCAGGUGUGGGUGGUUCUAGCACCAGAGAGACUAUCAGACUUGCACAUGCAGCCGCCAAUGCUGGGGCAGAUGCAGGGCUGGUCAUUCUCCCAGCUUACUACGCUGCUAGCCUGAGCACCGACCAAGAACAAAUCAUUCAGUAUUACGUUGAUAUAUGCAAAGGGUCACCGAUUCCCCUGUUCCUGUACAACUUUCCGGCAAACUCGGCAGGUUUGGACAUGUCAUCGGCGAUCAUCGAGGCGGUGAUACGUCAAGCGCCUAACCUAUGCGGCGUCAAACUCACUUGUGGUGGCAGCGUCGCAAAGCUGAUUCGCCUAUCAUCCUUCAUCAAUAGCGAGCCGUCAGUCAAUUUAUGCCGGCCGUAUCCCUUCCUGCUUUUGGACGGGCUCAUCUCCGAUUUGACGCCAUGGAUGAAGUGCGGCGGCCAUGGAACCGUCAGCGGCAUCCCCAACUUCGCUCCUGCUGCCUCCAUGCGUCUGUGGGCACUUCUCAAUAAGCCCGAUCUUACAGACGAUGAGAAGCGGGAAGCAGAGAGAAUCCAGUCCAUUCUAUCCAAUGCCGACGUGGCGGCUGUGCCUGCAGGUGUAAGGGGUAUGAGUAAGUAA